CGCUGUAGGUCCGCUCCGAGAUAAAAGCGCGGAGCCGGCGCGCGCGGUGCGGCAAUUCGGACUGCGCGCAAAAGGAUUAAAACGCGCUGGGAAAAAAAAAGUCGAGAUUAAAAAAGUGAUUGUUUAAUGAUUUAUUUAUUUCUUUUUUUGUCAUAUCUGCAGGAGUUCGUGCCAAGUUCCUCGAAGCUGCUCAACAGGGUUUGUUUCCGCCUUCAAUUUCUUCUCAAGAGAGUAUGUGGCUCCUGGAGAAGAUCCGUGGCUCUGUGGAAGGCAACAUGUUCCGUCAUCGUGACUCGUCUGACAACCAGUCCAAAGGGCCCACACACAGCAAUGUGCUCACGCCUGAUAAGAUCCCUGACUUCUUCAUCCCGCCCAAGUUGGUGUGCUGCCCCCCAGAGGAAGAAACUCCUGAGAUGAACCCGAAGAAUGGGCUACACUCCUCCACAUCCGAGCAGACCAUCUGCAACAAGACGCCUCAGGGUGGCUCGCGCAGCCCCCGCCUCAUCUGCAAGCUCACCGGGGACACCAAGAACCUCCUCAGGUCUGCCAACCGCCACAUUAUCCAGAUUGAGAGUGCAGAUGAAUUAGCAGCAGGAGACAUGACCACCAACGCUGACCCUCAGUCCCAAACAGCCAUGUCCUUGCCUUAUGUACCCAAAGCGCAGACCUCCUAUGGCUUCACCACGCUGAUGGAGAGUCCUCACACACGGCGCAAGGAGUCACUAUUUCACAGCGACCCAACCAGCCCGCUCACGUCCCCCAAUUCUCAACGCAAGACACAAGCCAACAGUAACCACCUCAACCCAGGUGACUGCAAUACCUCACACUCCAACCCGUAUCGCUACUUUAGCGGAGGCGAGAGUGACACAUGCUCUUCGGCAGAGUCGUCACCAUUCGGCUCGCCCUUGCUCUCAAGGUCUGCCUCGCUUCUCAGAAUGUUCACCCACGAGACCCAGGCCAAAGUAUCACGAGCGAAGCGCUCAUUCGCACGCCACAGCUCGCUCUCAACAGACGACUGCAGCUCGGUGGAGACCAGCCCCAACAUCCAGAGGCGCUUCAGAUGUCCGCCAUCACCCGCAUUCGGAAGGCACAAAACGGGUGCCAGCAUCGACCGCCUCACCCAGCACACCGUCAAACUGCACAAAGGCGGGACACUCCGUCUGUGCACGGACUACGACACAGAGGCGGCCCGGCUUCGGGUGCGCGUACUUGCUGCGGAAGACCUUUACGACAAGCAGAUCGACGUGAAGAGCAUCAACUGCUGUGUGGCACUCUACCUGAACCCAGGCAAGCUCCAGAAGCAGCGAAGCAACAUAAUCAAAAACAGUCGCAACCCCGUCUUCAACGAGGACUUCUUCUUUGAUUCCUUGCCAGCCGCACAGGUCAAGAACCUGGCGAUAAAGAUGAAGGUGGUAAACAAAGGCACCAGUCUGAAACGGGACACGCUGCUUGGGGAGAGGGAGGUGCCCCUUAAAGAUCUGCUGCCUGGCAUUUAGUUUUCAACCGCGACAGAAACAGGAAGUACACUCCUGACUGGACUGAACCCAGAGCAAACAAAGUGUCCACUGUAAUGUUGUUUUUUCUUCUUUCGUCCUGCUGUAAGAGGUGACCUUUAAAGUUUGAAGAUUGAAAGAGCAUUAUUGACAAGGGUUCUGUUUGUGCACAUGUUCUGUGUGUAUGAUUAGGGUGUGACAGUAUUUGAACUGUACAUAAUGCUUGCUGUGAGUGUCCUUUCCAAAGUGUAUGUGUGUGUGUGUGUGUGUGUGUGUGUGUGUGUGUCUGGCUCACUAUGGCAACCCCAUGUCUUUAGAAGCCAGCGAACAUCUGUACAGCUGGUGAUGCAGAUGCUCUGCACUGUGCACAUGUACAAAAAGGCUUUGAAGUGCCACAAUGACAAAUGAAAAUGCAUGCUUCAUAUUGGGCUUGAAAUUUGGAAAACUUGUGAGCGUGAUGAAGACUUCUCUAUUCGCAUUUACUGCACUACCAGACUUGACCUGUAAGCCUUUUCUUCAAUCACUGGAGCAUGUGAGUGAUCAUCUCAUUGAAAUGUUCUUGAGUAUUAGUCCUUUUGGUUCUUUCGGUAUAAUUCCUCUUCUUUUCACCAAGAAAUGUUGUGGGACAAAUUCACCCUCCAGCCUUACAAACGAGAAAAGCUGCACAUGUCGACCGAUAGAUCGCAAAACAGGCACCUGUCGAUUCAAAUGAUUGUAAGUAAUUGACGCAGUAAAUGAUAGCCUAUCCAUGCUUAUGUGUGUAUGACAGACAUACGGUAUACUUUUUUGGAGUAUUUGCACAAAUGUCGGCAUGUUUGUUGAAAUUGAUGUACACGGCUGCAACUAAAUUGCACAGAUGAAUUCCUAAGCUGUUUCCGUACCACUUGUUGAACACACUAACUGUUAAAGGACAGCAAAUGGUGAACAUUCUUUACUGAUCUAUGAUCUAUGUUUUUCAGUGUAUCCAGUUCUAAUUCCUUAUUACAGAUCAUCUUAAAAGCAUCAGCUUAAUGGGCUGAAAACCUUGGGGACUUUGGAAGACUUCUUAUUUUUCAUUCACAGAGCUUUGAGAUCUCUGUAAUUCGAAUUUACUAAUGAAAGCAAAAGCCAGCGUUGACAGACCGCAUGGUCGUCUAGUAAAGAAUAGCACUUCUGGGUUGUUUAGGUUUACUCUUUUAUAUUGAAUAUCAUCAUUUUAGCUGGCAGGUUAUAUAUAACUCCUAAGGGUAUAGAGGUAUUAGAGGUGUUGAUACUGGAUUGCUAGAGAGACAGAGAAAGAGGGGGAGAAAGUGAGUGAGAGUGAGAGUGAGAGUCAGAGAGAGAGAGGGAGAGAGAGAGAGAGAGAGAGAUCAAGUGAUCCAUUGUCACCCAGUAUUUUAAAUAAAGCUCAAUAAUUACACUCUAUAGAUUCUGCAGGGUCCUUUUGAAAUGCACUUCUUGGGUUUUCUGGCAAUUUUUAACUCCAAUUCGUACUUCGACUGAGCAAAUCAUACAUUCCCAGCUUUAUUUCGAACACUAAUUUGCCACAGGCAAAUUGCAGGUAUUAGAUUCCCUAUUGGCUUUACUUCAAUGCCAGGGGACUGUGAUUCUCUACAUGAGCUGCAGAAGUACAAUUACACAAGGGAGGAAUGACUUCUGACUGCUUGCAAUCUCUCAAAUUAAAAAAGCUGUAAGAAGACCCUGCACUCUCUAGUGGAAGUAAAAGAACCCGUCGAUAUUCAUUUCCCUAUGCUUGUUUUCUGUCAACGAUAUCUAAAGUUUUGAGCGCUUGCAUUUUUUUAAUUCUUCUUCCAAACAGACAUAUAUACAUAUAUAUAAAAUGAAGUGCCUAUCCACUGAACUUGAUGCCUGUCCUUCUGUCUGUCAAGACGUAGGCCUCUGUGUGCAACCUUCCUCCUCCCUUAUUACUGUGUUCAGACGCAUAUUCAACACUACCUUUAUUAUUGAAGUCCAAAUAGAUGUACUGUAAUAUUGUACCUUCGAGUUAUACAGUGUGAGUGUUUCCUAUAUUUUCUGACGCUGAAGAUAGAUAUUGUUGGUUUUGAGUGGGUGCGUUCGUCAUUGUGGGCUUUCAUUGUUUAUUACACCAAAUUCCGGCAGAGACCGAAUUCCAUACCCCCAACUCUGUUUUCUGAAACUGUUUUCCCUUUUAUUACUUCUUUCCACUUUUGAAUUGAUCCUCCAAAUCCAAAGUGAAACAUGGUAUUGACCUGUCUAUUUUUGGUGCCUCGUUCAAUAAAAGUUGUGUAGAUGGUGA